AAUCAUUUCUGUGUUGGCGCCAAAUCAUAAUUGAAUAUUGUUGAGUCUGAAAGAUGCAGCAGACCUUGGAUGUUCUUUUACGUGAGUUGUCAUGCAUAGACUUUUGUAAUAUUUCUUGGCCUAUAGAUGACUUUGAGAAAAGACGAAAGGAAGAAACAUAUGACAAGCUUAACAAUUGGUGUCGGAUUUGUGACAAGUUUCAAGACAGUCCGCAUUUAUUAGAUAAGCUAUUGGGUCAGUUGGUUAGCGAACUUGCUUCUAGGACGAAACAUAGUCUAGAGGCCUUGAAAAUUUAUGUAGACUCGUUUGGUACUUUGAAUGCAAAGGAGGAAGAAGAUUUCAAUUUGUUGUGCUCACCUUUUAUAGCACUCUAUCACAUUUCAAAGGUACGCGGGUUCAAGUUUGUUGCAAAGCUGUUUCCAAGUCAAGUCGAUGACGUCCUUACUGUGCUUCAACUAUGGAAAUUAUUUAAAGAAAUGCGAACUUUAGAAUAUUUUCCAUGGCAAGUUACAUAUGUCCUAUUCUUGUGGUUGUCGAAACUAUCACUACUUCCGUUCCGUAUAUACGACUUUGAUAGAUCUACUGAAAUAUCAGACGAACCUGCUUUUAUUGAUGAUGCUGUAGCCUUUGCGAAACAAAUGUUGAGCGUUUCCAGCAAAAAUCAAUACACUGCUGCAUAUUUUCUUGCAAAGAUUCUCACGAGACAGGACAUGCAAGGUCACUUAGCAAUAUACUUGGAAGAGUUUUUAAGAUUAUGGGAACAAUGUGAUAGGAUAGACAUUUCAGAAAUAUCUCAAAUAGGAUAUCUUCGUACCAUUGCAUGGAUAAUAGAAUUUGGGACGACAAACAAUUUUUUUGGCAAAACAGAAAGGCUGCUGACUACAUACUUCAAGAUAAUGAAUGCGACAACGAAUAUUGUCAUUCGUCAUUUAUGUGUUAAGAAUAUUCAGCGUUUAGCUCUUCUAUUUUUACCCAAAAAGGGUGCCUCCUGGUUGCACAAGAAAAGAUACAUCAAAAUUCAUGAUGAAGGCUCUAAAGAGACAACUGAAAAUGCAAAUCAAGAAACUUCACGAAAUGAUACAAUCGAUGAACAAACUGGAACCAUCCUAGCCACCAUUAUGGAAGCAUUAUUACAUCUGCUUGAUGACAAGCACACAGUUACAAGAUAUUCUGUGGCAAAGGGAAUCGGUCGCAUCUGUAUGAGACUUCCACAGAAUUUUUCGGAUCAAGCUUUGCAAAUGCUAGUUUCACUUUUGGAUACUGAUAUUGGAAGACAAUAUCGUUAUUUUUGGCAUGGAGCUUGUCUUACUCUUGCUGAAUGUGCUAGGCGUGGCAUCUUUGGUGAAGAAUAUCUGGAAAUAGUCGUAAAAUUCGUAUCUCAAGCACUGAGAUAUGACUUUGCUAAAGGCUCUCUUCAUAAUGGAUCUCAGGUGCGAGAUGCAGCUUGUUACGUUUGUUGGGCCUUUGCUAGGAGCUACAAUUCUUGUAUUCCUCUUAUGUUCUUAAAAGAACUAGUUACAAGUGUAGUUUGUGUUGCAUGUACUGAUCGAGAGCUUAAUUGUAGAAGAGCAGCAGCAGCUGCUUUACAAGAGCUUGUAGGGAGAACUAACCUCGUUUCCCAAGGAAUAGGCGUCAUAACUACUGCAGACUAUUUUUCCCUCAAUGACUUGUCGGAUUCUUAUCUAAAAGUUCUACCUACUAUAGCAUUUCUUGAUGAUGAAUGGUACCGUCUUCCUUUGAUAGAAGAAUUGAUCCAUAGAAAAACCCGACAUUGGGAUGCUGCAAUACGUCAUUUGGCGUCCACAUCUCUUGCCGUUGUACUAACCAAAGAUUCUGACUUCAUGUCAGAAAUUUUCCAAUCAACUAUGAAGCAGUUAUUUGUAAAUAUUUUCUCGGACGAACCGGAUGUCUGUCAUGGUUCGCUUCUUUCUAUGCACCAACUUUUGCAUUACAUCAAGGACGAGGAGAAAUUAAAGAGCAUUAUGAAUCCACUAUCUCUUGAUUGUAUUCGAAUCGCCACUUGCCAGUUGCUUGGAAGUUUCUUCGAAAGAAGAUUAUUUUGUGAACCACAGUUUGUCAGGAAAGUAAUCGACAUUUUAGAAUCGGAAAAUAAUGAGGUUCAAGAUGCUGCAGCUAGAGCGUUUGGAUCUAUCUGUUCUUACCUUUGCGUAGAAAGAGUAAAUGGAAAACCUGUCGAUGAUAUUGAGCAGUGCAUCGUGGAUAUUGUACUCGAAAUGAUUUGUUCCAUUCGUUCUGAACGAAAUUCAAACCGACGAGGCUUAUUGAAGGCUCUCGGUUACGUUCCAUUUUGCAUUUUGAACUAUGAGAUUGCCGGAAGCAAUGAAUCGAUUAGAAUGGCACUACUUGUAGAAUUUCUCAAAUUCGGGAAGCUGCCGAACAAAAUAGAAAUCCCUGGGACUCUGGAAGAAGACAGCGAUCAAGUCGUUGAACUGAAAAUCACAUGUAUUGAGUCCGCUACUCAUUUUUCCACUCAUAUCUUAAGAACCGCAGAUGCUAGUGAUAUUUACAUGUCUACUGAGUUAGAAAACGUAUUACAAUUUCUUCUAGGGGGAAUAGAUGACUACACUACUGGUAGCCGUGGUGACAUUGGCAGUUGGGUUCGUAUAGCGAGCAUGAAAUGUUUUAAAGAGUUAAUCACGUCCAUGAACAAUCAGAUGAAACAAAGAGUUGAGAGCCUCCUGAAGUAUGGAAUUCAUCGACUUUUAAGAAACUGUUUCGAAAAAAUAGAUAAGACACGACUCAUUGCAGCAGAAACUUUAAAGACUCUACAUAAUAAUCUUGAACCGUGUUACGUGCACAAAUUUGAAUUGGAUACAUUACAUGACAUUCUUUAUGAAUUUGAGCCAUCUUUGUUUCUUGAUUGUGACCGUCUCUUCCAAUGCGGAAUAAUGAUACUGAAGAGAAAUGAAUCUUUUGGACUUCCUGUCCUUUAUGGAUUUCUUGCUGCUUUGGGAAAUAGUGGUUUACAAAAUAAGCAAGCACGGAAAGCAAUAGAAUGCUACUUGAGAGACGGAGCUAAUGAUUCUUCUCAUAUAAUAACGUUGCUCCUGAAAAAUUUGCUACUUAUACUAACAAAUGAUAGCGAGACUCAUCGGAACCUCAUACCGAUCAUUCGAAUGCUAACUUUGAUAUUGGAGACAACUGAAUUAUUUAAUUCGGAAAUAGAAAGUAUUCUAAACGAGUUGUUUGUUAUUCUCAUUCAAUGUACAAAAUCUUCAAAAGACAUCAACCUGCUUUUGACUUUUACAGAAAUGCUGGUGGAAGCCUUGGUUCAUAAUAAUAAUAAUAAUAACGGCAUUGGCCAUGUCGCUCUUCAACGUCUGAUGCUGUACUUACUUCAUCCCUACGCAAAAGUGAGACAGUCUGUUUCUGAUAGAAUGCAAGUUCAACUAGUGACAUACGAGGAUCACUUUAUGCAAACUCUCGGAGAGAGCAACUAUAAACAAGCUAUACAAAUUUUAGAACAAGUCGGAUGGGAUAAGAAUUCCCCGACCAUGCUGAAAGAACAAAGAAAUCGGCUUUGUGCUGCUUUUGGUCUCGAUCCUCCAUCGAUGCCAUGUCUUCGGAAUAAGGCCUUAUCUCAUACUUCGUCACCGCCUUAAUUGUUUUUAUGACUUUGCAAACCUUUGACCUGUAAAAAGGAU